AUUGAACGCAACGCUAAAGAACGGUUUGUUUUCAGCGAGGGGGAGACGCGUUGCUGUUAUUCGCUGUAGCAGCACCCAUUUUUAAAAAACAGUUGUAACAUUACAACUGCUUGGUCUCAGUGCAGCAGCUGUCUUGUCUCGCCAUGGCUCUGUGCGGGGGUAUCGGAGCCAUGGAUCUGCCCAGCGAGCUUAUCGUCCACAUAUUCUCGUUCCUUUCCGACCGAGACAAGCUGCGGGCCUCGGCCGUGUGUUGCCGGUGGAGGGAGUGUCUCUUCUACCCGGCGCUGUGGACCGAGCUCAAGUUGCGGAUAGGUGGUGGUUGCAACGGCGGCGGCUCCAGCUCCGAGGAGACCCCGAAGCUGGAGUUUCUCAUGCGCAAGUUCGGCUCCUUCGUGCGGGAGCUGCAACUGGAACUGGCCCCGGUGGAGGGCUCCCUCGGCCCCCUGAACAGCGGCCAGACGUCCAACAGGAUGGACCAGCCCGAUAGCGACCCGCAGCUCUCCGAGCGAUGGAGAGACGCCAUGGCCACCUACCUGGACCAGGUGCUGUGCGUCUUCUCCAGCAUCCGUAACAACAGAAACCUGCGGAAGCUGAGUCUGUAUGGAGACACCUGCGUUCUGCAGCAGGAGGGACUUUUGGACAGCUCCAACCUGCACCAAAUUCACCAAGGGGACAAAAAGAUCAAUGAAAUCCAGCAGCUGUUCAUGGAGCUGCUGUCCAACGUCAGGCAGCUUAGGUGGUUGUCCUGCAGCUUCAUGCUGGGUCUGGUGACUCCGUCCUCCUUAGCCUGCCUCUCGAAUCCUUCCGUGGAGACCCUGCAGCACCUCAGUUUACUGGACCACCAGCUGGGUCCCCUCAUCUCCCCAUCAGAGUUGGAUCGUAUAUCUAAUCUUCAUUCUUUGGCUCUGGAUUUUGCUGAUCUGACCUCUGAGCUUUGCCGCCUGCUGGCCUCUCCUCGUCGAACCCCCCUGCAUCGCCUCUCUCUGCUGCUCAACGGCGCCGCCCUGGAGUUCAAACCGCUGGAAGGGACCGCUACAGAGGACGAUUGGAAAGCACUGAUCCGCGUGAGCGCCAACCUGCGAGUGUACAUCAUGGCCCUGGAGGUCGACAGCUCGGAGCUCCUCAGGGUCCUGAAGCCCAGCCUGCCACUGGAGCGCCUCCACCUCGACAGUUACAGCACGCUGGUGACCGACGGCACGCUGGAGCUCAUCUCUCAGCAGUACAACAAAACGCUAACUCACUUCCUGCUCCUGAGGGACGACCCCGACUUCCCCGACCUCAGCAUCAAUCGCAACGAAGACCCACUGGUCCUCCUUUCGUGGAGAUGUACUCAGCUGGCUGUACUGGUGAUACACGGUUACACUGUCUGGUCCCACAAUUUGGUGGCCAUCUCCCGCCUGCGGGGCUCCAGCCUCCGCGUCCUGACCGUCUCCGAGGAGAGCAUCGACUUCGACCCGGACCAGUCGGUGUGCAUGGAGGGCGACCCGGUCCACAACCUGGUCAAGGAGGUGUCCCUGGGCCUCGGCCGCGUCUGGCACCCGUGCCUGGACUCCAGCCUGGUUCUGUCCGAGCCCACCCAGCACUUCCACCGCGAGCUGCAGGCCUUCAGCGUCGGCAUGUAGGGGCGAGGGUGGAGGGGGCGGGGCAAGUCCAACGCGUCACAUCCUAAACCGUGUCGAGACCAGGCCAGACCGGCCAAAGACCAAGUCGAGUCAGACCUCUUAACUCGGCCCAACGCACCCGUGUGAGAGACCUCUAAACUGGAUCCUCAAAAAGAAAAUCUAGAAAUUACAAUUAUGUGAAUUGAUGGUUUUUAUUUUACUUAUUUCUCUUUUUUUUUUUCAACAGGGGUUUUAACACACAAUCAAGUCAUUUUCCAAAUGAUUCCCUGUUUUCUUGCUUUGCCUUUCUCGUUGGCCAAUGACUUAAAAUAAAUCAUACCAAUUAAGAAUA